UUCUUGCGAAUACCAUGUUGAUUGAGUGUGCGAAAUUAUCAUUACAAGUUUGUAAUUAUGAAGGAAAAUGCCAAACGUAAGCAGAGGAAAUGUAUUUCGGAAAAAAAGGGUACGUCAUCGAAAUGCGCCGCGUUGAGCAAGGAGAGAAGUGGCUCCCUUCAAUGACGUCUGCUGGGACACAUCAGCGUGCGAGAACUAAAGAUGCUGAGUGAAUAGGCGUGAGUGGUGUAAGUAGGUUUGGAGCAGUGGCAGUGUAUGGGGAAAACUCUGCAGUUCUUUGCGCGGCCCAUGGGGCUCACCUCCUUGCAAGUUUAUAGUUUAGGUUGUUAAACAAUUACAAUAAUGGGAAGAAGCUACUUUGUGGAAGAAACUGUUGGGCAAUAUCUGUCAGAGCUCACCACCAAAUCGAAGCCUCUUAUCACUGGCCUUUUAAUAGGACAGUGUUCCCCACAAAGAGACUAUGUUAUCCUAGCUGUUCAGACUCCUCCGAAGGAUGAAGAAAGCAAAAGCAAUGCUGGUGUCAGUGCAGAGUUGUCUAACAUUGAUGAAGAAUGGAUAACAGCACAUGCCAACCAGGUAUCAAGAAUGCUUCCUGGAGGUCUCUCAGUUCUUGGUGUCUUUACUGUUGCAAUUCCAGAGCUGUCAAAAGAAAUCCAAAAUACUCUGCGCAAGCUUGUCUUCUCGGUAGAAAAAUCUGUAGCUCGAAAAAGGCUGUGGAGCAUCUCAGAGGAAGACGUGUCUGACCGGGUGGUUCUUCAUUUUUGUUCUGCUACAAAGAAAACACUUUGUCGCACAUAUGACAUACAAGAUCCAAAAAGUACAGCUAAGCCAGCAGACUGGAAAUACCAGAGUGGCCUGUCCACUUCUUGGAUACCUUUAGAAUGCACAACUAAUGCUAACAUACACAUCCCACUAUUGGCUACUUCAUCUUCCCAUGAACUAGAGAAAAACAUACGGAAUGGAUUAACUCGGUGGGCCAAGCAGAUAGAGGAAGCUGUCAUUUUGAUCAAUGGCCAGGUCAAGGAGGAAGAUGCUGACUUGGUGGAUGGUCAGAAAAAGUCUGGAAGAGGAAGCACGCAGUCAGCUACCCAGUCCCUUGAUGCCAGGAUUCUUACACAGUUAUCGCUGAAGUCAAAUUCCAGAUCCACAGCAACUGUCCAGAUCUGCACUGGUUCCAUAAAUCUCAAAGGCGCUUUAAAAUGCAAGGCUUUCAUCCAUCAUAACAAGCCAAAGGUUAAGGAUGCUAUCAAGGCCUUGAAAAGAGACAUCAUAAACACACUCUCUGAUCGGUGUGAAAUCUUGUUUGAAGAUCUACUUAUGAAUGAAACGACAGGAAUGAAAAGUUUGGAAAGGGAGUAUCAUGCCUUGCCUUGCAGAGUAUUUGCCCCCAUCGCAGGGUCCCGUGUGCUGGUUUGUGACUACAAGUUUGGCGAUGAGACCAUCAGGGAAGUCCAAGAACAUUUUCUUGAAAUGCUGGAUCAAGCUGUUCAAGCAGAGGAUUUACACGCAGUAGAGGAAAUGAGCACAGUUGAAAUCAUCCCACCCAAGGAAUUUCCAGAUGAAAUUCAACACAAACAGUUGACAAAAGAAACACUGCUUCUGAAACUUCACCAAAACAUAGGAGUAGUGAUAGCUGUGGCUGUCGCAAUAUCAGCUGCAGCCUUCUCCUUUAACUACUUCAGCGACUAGACUUCUGACCUUGAGAAUCAUCCUGCCAAUUCCAGCCACCACGGACAUACUAAGAAGAAUUGCACCUCUAGAAACAAUUGCAUUAGCAACCCAAUGUGUCACCUAAAAAAAAGAAAAGAAAAGAAAUCCAUUUGCUUUUUGAAAUAAUAAUGAUGAUAGCUUUGGCUGUCUUGUCUCGGCAUGCAGAUUGUGUAGGUGGAAUGGUUUUGGGGGGGAGGGGGGGAGCAACACCGACCUGCUAGCAGAUAAUACUGUAUUAUAACAUUUCCAAGAAGAAUUUGUCAAAUGGGCACUUAACUUUCCUCCUUGUUAAUUAAAAGGAUCAUUGUUAAA